AUGACGCCUCGCAGUCAAGCGUCGGUGUCCGACAUCGCCGAGUCCUCGGGCUCCGUCCCGACCUCUUCGUUGCGAUCGAGACCGUCGCAACACAGGCUUGAAGACUCAUCCCAGCCGGUUUCCACCACAACAGAGGAUCCCGACCUCAUUUCGGCUAGCCACUCUGCUACAAGUAGAAAGCGGCCGCCUGCUGACACGUCGACAGCCGAUAGCGAAACUCGUUCAGGUCCUUCCAAGGCCUCCAAGGGCAAAGCAAAGUUUAUCCCCAACCGUGUCAAGCGGUAUCAUGAACGAUCGCUCGCAGGUUGCUUAACCUGUCGAAAGCGUCGCGUCAAGUGUGAUGAAGCCAAGCCCAUCUGUCGCAGGUGUGCUUGCGGCGACCGCGACUGCAUCUAUCCCGACAUGUCGCCCGCCUCGGCGACUGACCCCUCGAACGACACAACGAUGCGUAAAGCCGAAUACACCACGCUGCCCGGACUUCAAGUGUCGUCUCUUGUUCACGAUAACCGAUCCCCUCCGCUGGCCGACAGCAGUGCCGACUUUCUCUUCUCCCCGCCAGCCGGUGUCGGGCCCGCAUCAUCGUUGCAUCAUCCCCAAGCGUAUGCAUCGCGCUCACCGCAAUCAUCGUUUGAUCAAGGUAGCCCGCUAUCUCCAAUGUCGCAUCGCAAUGGCCGUGCUCGAGCUUCCACCAGCGCCCACAAUGACCGUUACCGCAUCCAUCCCGACCCCGAACGGCAAUCAGACCCGCACAAGCAAGCUAGAUCCGACUACGACCAUCACAGACCGCACACAUAUACCCAAUCGCCUCAUCCACGCCCAUUCGGUUCUUCGUCCAUCGACAUGUCCAAGGUCAAAUUGCCCGAGCUACCUGCCGGAUUUGGAUUCGGUCAUCUCGACGCCUACUUUCCGACGUACGAGCAACAGUGCCUCUUUCGUCAUUACAUCCUCGAGGUCGCGCCUCAACUCUGCGUAAUACAGAUUCCUCUGCCAGACAAUCGCUGGAUCAGAUACCAUGCCACCUUUGCUGUCCGUCACCCACAUGGGACCAACGGCUACGAAGAUGCGCUGCGAUCCGCCCUGCUCAGCAUGGCGAGCCUCGAUAUCGGUCACAAGCUUUCCCAAGCCCCCAUUCCAGACCUCUUUCCUUCAACCGCCUCGCGAGAGGAUGCUAUGUCGUCCAGGUCCGACAAGCUUGCAGGUCAGGUCAGAGGCCUAUCUGGCCCGUCGUCUUACAGCUCCACGAUGCAACACGCCGAGUACCCACACCGUGGAGCUUUUGCUCCUAAUGGUUCGGCCGAGGCAAACUCUAAGAGCAUCAUGUCCAACGUCUUGCUCGAGCUGAGCAAUCUGCGACGUGAAGAAAGUCUGCGCCUUUUGCGCUCCACGCUCAAGGAGAGACGCGCACCCCUCGACCGUAGCGAUGCCGCCAUCAUGCUUGCUACCGUGCUUGGCCUGGCCACGCGUGAUAGGCUGGCAGCACAGCAAGACUGGCAGGAUGCGCUUCACAUUGCAUCGAAGGCCAUCGCCGAGCUCGGCGGACCGGCUGCGUUCGUGGACCCGUCCGACCCGUCGAGCCUCUUCCUCAUCGAGCAGAUCGCCUGCUUCGAUGCUCUAAGCUCGCUGACCUCCGACGACUACACGCUCUUUCUGCAGCCAUGGGACGACUGGUGGUACGCACUCAUGGACUCGCCCAGGAGCAUCAAGGAGGACAGCGUUCUUCAGACCUUUGGACUCCAUCGAGGCAUGAUCGACAUGCUCGCACGCAUGACACGUGUAGAAGCGACACGACGCGAGCUGCAGCAGCGCACCAGCGUCACCAUCAUACUGUCCGAGGCUGUUGGCGCCGGGUCUCCACCUGCACUACCCCCAGAAUACGACGAGACUCGACUCUGGUUGGAGUCGACGGCGCGUGCGCUGGUCGCAGAGAUACCCAUUUGGGCCAAGAUGCAAGUCCCUGCAGAGGCAACUCGAACGCUGCAGACGCUAUUGCCGGUCAUUAUGAACCAUCUUUACGUAGCCGCAGCCGAGCUGUACAUUCAUUCGGUCAUCUUUUCCAAACCUGCAGAUCAUCCAUGCUUUGCCGAACCCACAGCCGUCGUGCUCGACCGUACCGAAGAGGCGAUUCAGGCCGGCAUCACCAAAGGUCUGGUGCUUCCACUGUCGUUUGCAGCCUUCUCGGCGCGACAUCACGACCGGGAUCGGAUUCGGGCCAUGCUCAACGAGCUGCGUCCGUACUACAAGUUCGACCUAGAGCGCAUGGAAAAGCUCAAUGAGCACCUCUGGAGCUUGGUUGACAUACGGGCAAGAAGAACGAAAGCUUCCAGCUCACCGUUCUCCGACACCCGAGUCCCCGCAAAGGAUUACUAUAAGGUGCUUGGGGUGGACAAGUCCGCCUCGGAUCGUGACAUCAAGCGUGCUUACCGAAAGCGGGCCCAAAAGGUCCAUCCGGACAAACACCCGGACAAGCACGCGGAGUUCCUCGAGCUCAGCGAUGCCUACCAAACACUCAGCGAUGCCGAGAUGCGCAAGAUCUACGACAGGUACGGCGUGGAUGGCGUCAAAAAGCACCAAGCGCGGAAGGACAAUCCACAUCAGUAUGCGCAAGAUCCGUUCGACAUCUUCUCACGCUUCUUCGGUGGGGGCGGCGGUGGAGGCGGCGGGGCGCGCAAGGGUCCGAGCAAGGCGUUCAAUGUCGACGUUGACGUGGAAGACUUCUACAAAGGAAAGACGUUCACACUAGAGUACCAGAGGAACGUCGUCUGCUCACACUGCGAUGGAAGCGGCGCCGAGUCGCCCGGAGAUAUCCACACGUGUGAUGCGUGCGAUGGCAGGGGUGUACGCAUCGUGAGGCAGCAAAUCAUGCCUGGCUUUAUCACAAAUGCGCAGAUGACCUGCGAUCGCUGUGGAGGCGCUGGCUCGGUAAUAAAGCAUCGCUGUUCCAAAUGUCAUGGACAGAAGAUCGUUCAGGAGAUUGCUUCGGUCGAGGUCGAUCUCGAGAGGGGCGCGAGCGAGGGAGUCGAGGUGGUGAUCGAAGGAGAGGCGGACGAAGCCCCGGAUCACGAGGCCGGCGAUGUGAUCGUCAAAGUGAGCGCCCGGAGAUCAAAAGGUCAAUUUCGACGCGGCGGUACAUCGCUUUACAAGACGAUUCCCAUCUCGCUUUCGGAGGCUUUGCUUGGCUUCGAACGCAAUCUCACGCACAUGGACGGACGCACGGUGACCGUUCAGCGCGACGGUGUCACGCAGCCAGGGUUUGUGUCUGUCAUUGACAACGAAGGCAUGCCCGUGCAUGGUACUAUGGUGUCGGACGCACCAGAAGCAGACACACGCGCUGGCCGCGACAUGCUAUUCGGAAAGUUGUAUCUCGAAUGGCAGCUGGUACUGCCCGAGACGGUCGACCCGGCAUUACAUCAAGCGUCGGUGAAUUUUGAGAAACGGUUCGGAGAGGGCCGACUUGCCGCGAUCCGCACUUUUUAA